CAUGGCAGCACAUGGCCCCGAUGCACUGGUGCCACUGAAAUGUUAGCGUGGCCGUAAUUAAUGGUUCCAUCUAUGUAAUGGGUGGCCAUUUACGCUUCUCGCCUCUAAUCAUAAUCGAGUGAUAUGACCAAGAAGCCAACGAGUGGACCAUCAUCCAGCCCAUGCAUGAGGAGCGACAGGAUGCCAGUGCCACCACCCUGAAUGGAAAGAUAUAUAUUUGUGGGGGUAGCAAGGGAGCUCAGACUAAUUCCACUGCCGAGUGCUAUGAUCCACUCACGGGCGAAUGGACCUUGAUCACCCCAGUGAACACUCGCCGACGUGGCCUUGGAGUAGCGGCAUAUCAGGGAAAGAUCUAUGUGGUGGGCGGUACCAACGGGGCUCAUCCAAUGUGGAGUAUGGAGGUUUAUGACCCUGCAACUAACCAAUGGCACGCUGCGCCUCCCAUGACAAAACCAAGAAGCUACUUCGGCAUCGCAGUGUUGGACGGCUUGCUGUUUGCAAUGGGCGUCUGAUGGGUUCAGAGUCACUGCCAAGGUGGAAUGCUAUGAUGCAGAGAAAGGCAGCUGGUACCGUGCGCAGGACAUGAUUACGCCCAAGAGGAACUUCAGCUGCUGCACAGUGCCCCCCCGCAUCGUACAGUAUGCUGCACCUCGCCCACCUGCCCCCAUCUGCCUGCCUGGUGGGUAACCAGGUUACGCAUCUGCCGGUGUGGCUAGCAGCACUGGACUUAAUCAACAGAAACAGUGGACACUAACAAGAAUCAGAAACAUUCACCAAAAUAAGGAAAAUGCCUCUUGAAUAAUGGACUGAGGGAACAGAACUUGGACCUUACAGUGGAGUCAGAGCAUAGAGGUUAAGGCACUAGAACAGCUAUCAAAAUGCAAUUAUGGCAAGACAAUUGCUUUCCUUUGUUAUCGGAUGCUGUAGUGGUUUGCUCCUGUUGUGUAACAUGCCACUUGUUUGCAUGCAUUUGUUAAUUGCCUUGUUCUCUCCAACCAUUUCUCUGUCUUAGAGCAUCUGCCAAAUGAAUAAUACACAGAGCACAACUAUAGCAGAGCUCAGCUGGGACCUCCUGCAUGCUUUUACAGCAAGCAAUGAGUGUGCUCUUCUAGA